AUGGAAGAGCUCGAGGCCACGCAGGCAACACAGGGCACACAGGCAACGCAACCUGCAGAUCCUGGGCCACUGGAAUCAGCUCCAGAGUCAGCGGAGCUGGUGGUGAAGCUGCUGAAGAAAAAAGGCGACUCCACUAGUUCCAGCUGUGUUCCUACAAGCUUCGACAUCAAUGGUGAGCUCGUCAUCGGACGCUGCAAAGCCGACGUGGAGGUUGAUGACAAUCGUUGCUCCGCAAGGCACAUUCGAAUCUACCAACAGCAACCUUAUGGCUUUUACAUUGAGCAGCUGGGUCGGAAUGUCUCCUUCUUGAACAGUCAGCGGCUCGCAAAAGGCGAUGUCCGGACCCUCCAACAUGGCGAUGAGAUUUCAGUGCUGAACCCCCCACGGUCAGUUGGAGAGGCACCAGAACACCAGCCCUUUGCAGUUUUUGUUUUUCGUCUCACUGAGCCAGAUGGACGGCAACGACCACUCAAGCGGCUCAAGAUGGCUGAAGCCGUCGAACCAGGAGCCACAGUAGCAGGUCCUGGUGAUGCCACCUGUGUCGAUGACAUCUCGGUGGCUGGAACUGAUCUUAGCACCCUCAGCACGGAGGAAGAGUUCCAGGCGAAGUACGACAUGCGGAUUGACAUAAAGAAUCUGAUUGGCAAGGGCACCUUCAGCGAGGUUCGGCGGGGUCUUUGUAUCGGGGAUGGGCCUGGAGAUGGCCGACUUCGUGCCAUCAAAGUGGUGAACCGAAAUAAAUUCAACAGUUUUCAGAUGCUGCGGAACAGCCAUUUGUCCAUGGUAGAUGAAGCAAAGCUCCUGACCAGUUUGGACCACCCGGGGAUUGUGAAGUGCUUCGAAUGGUUUCAGACCAAGACCAGCCUCUAUUUGGUGAUGGAGCUCUUGGAAGGUGGUGACCUGCUGCAGAACAUCAUGCAAGGUGGCUGCUUUGCAGAGGGCCAUGCGCGUCGGUUGUUCAAGCUCAUUUGUGAGGCCCUGUCCUACUUGCACGGCAAGGAUAUAGUCCACAGGGACCUGAAGCCGGACAAUGUGCUUUUAACCUCCAAGGAGAGAUCCACGUGUCUGCCAAAGAUUGCGGAUUUAGGAGUGGCUGCGACUUACAAUUCAAACCUUACUACUACUUGCGGCACACCUCACUACUUUGCUCCAGAGCUUGUACGCGGCUUCAAAGCACCAAUCAUCCAGGAGCCUUCUGGACCAGUUGGAUAUGGCAAGCCUGUCGACAUGUGGAGUUUGGGGGUUGUCCUUUACAUUUUGCUGAGUGGAACGCCUCCUUUUGAAGCUGAUGGCUUGUACGAUCAAAUCCUCCAAGGGCGUUAUGAGUUUGACGCAGAGGAGUGGGAGGCUGUAUCGCCAGAGGCCAAAGAUUUGGUGCGCAGAUUGAUGACGGUCGAGCCUGAGAAACGUCCAACCAUCGACGAUGCUUUGAAGCAUCUUUGGCUAAGCGGAACGAAUGGAACGAAUGGCACAAGCGCAACUGGUGCAAGAGGAACCAUUCUGAGUGCAUUAGGGGCAUAG